AUGCUACGAUCCUUUUCACCGACAGGCCAUUUCCUAUACGUUGACAACAUCCAGAACACACCGGCAGAUAAAAUCCGUCUUAUCUCCCCCGUUUACCCCUCCACCUAUCAACGAUGCAUUCGAUUUUUGUUCUAUCACGCCGGAACUGUUGCCUCCGAUCUACGGGUCUCUCUCAAUGUUGGUGGCGUCCCGGUGCAGUAUUUGGUCGAUGGAGGGCUCCCUCUUAUGGGCAAUUUGUGGACAGUGAUGGAGGCAUCCCUGUCAAGUGCACUAGAAUACACAAUUGUCUUUGAAGCCACAGUGAGCCAAGAUGGCAUCUUAGCCCUGGAUGACCUUGACCUUACCAAGGACACCUGUGCUCCUCCUGGAUCAUGUGACUUUGAAUCGGACUUGUGUACAUACGUCAACAUCCCGUCCAACUGGCUUGGACAGCAAGAGUCAAACAUUGACCAGUUUGAUUGGUUACGUCAUAGUGGUCCAACACUUGCAUCAGGAACAGGUCCUUCCACAGACCAUACUCUCGGGACACCCCUAGGUUACUACAUGUACAUUGACUCCUCCCCACCACGCCUUGCCGACGACUCUGCCCUGUUCAUGUCAGAGACAAUCAUCGCCCAAGGUGACAUGUGUCUCUCUCUCUGGUACCAUCUGCAUGGUACCGGGUCACUGACGACCUGGGUCCGAGCCGGUUAUGAUCUCAGCGACUGGAGCAGUGUCUGGUCCAUUUCAUCAGAUCAGGGAGACAGCUGGAACCACGCCCUUAUGACAUUGGUAGACAAAGGAAGUAAUUAUGAGAUCAUCUUUGAAGGGCAGGUUGGAGCACCCUCUACCAGCGAUAUUGGUUUGGAUGAUAUAAGCCUAUACAAAGGGGCAUGUUCCGCCCCCACCCCAACCCCACCGUGUCAAUUCUACUGUGCAAACGGAGGAUGUCUUUCGGAUGCAGCUCUGGUCUGUAAUUUCCAAGAUGACUGCGGGGACAACAGCGAUGAGAUGAACUGCGGACCAUGUGACUUUGAGUCCGGCCUGUGCAACUACACAGAUGUCAGUGACGGCAGUUUCAAGUGGUUAAUCGGCUCUGGAGCCACGCCCACUGAUAACACUGGACCGUCGUACGACCACACCCUCGGCACAUCCUUAGGACACUACCUCUAUGUGGACUCCAGUCAGGGAUCAGGAUACAGUAAAGCUAUUCUAAUGUCCCCUGAACUUCAUAAUGCCAGCCCGUCUUGCCUGAUGGAGAUAUGGGUCCAUCUCUAUGGAACAGAUGUGGGAAGCCUUGGGGUCUUCCUGAAGUCCGGUCUCUCCAAAACUCUUCUCAUCUAUCUAUCGGAAGAUCUCGGCAACCAGUGGACCAAAAUCGAGCUUGGUAUUGGAAGAGUACAUGGGGCAUUCCAGAUACAAUACGAUGCAACCCGUUCGUUUGAUGUCCUUGGUGAUAUUGCAGUGGACGAUAUUGCAUUCAUGGGAUGCGGGUUUCCUGGUCCUUCGGCGCCUUGUAGUGUAUCAGAUUUUGAGUGUUCCAAUCAGGUAUGCAUUGAUUCCUCACGUGUGUGUGAUCUGACUGAUGACUGUGGAGACCUCUCAGAUGAGAUGCAAUGUGAGUCUUAUGACCAGUGUGAUUUUGAGAUGGGUAUAUGCAGCUGGGAGCAGUUACGUAACGAUGAGCUCGAUUGGUACCGGUUUGCUGGGAUCACCCCUAGUUCUUGGACCGGCCCGACCCGGGACCACACAACAGGACUAGAAACAGGAACCUAUCUAUAUCUGGAGACCUCAAAUGGCAAACUUGGUGACCGAGCCCGCCUUGGCAGCCCUGUACUCCUUCCUAUUCCCCAGGGGUCUGCGACACAAUGCGAGCUACGAUUUUACUAUCAUAUGUAUGGAGAAAACAUCAAUACGCUGACGGUAUACACCAGGGAAAUAGUCAAUGGUCCACUGACGGUGCUUUGGCAGCGAAGUGGGGAGAUCGGUGACUUUUACGAGAGAGCGGAUAUUGUCCUCACGAACCGGAAUCCGUUCCAGGUCCUUAUCGAGGCCACCAGGGGUGAUGGUGUCCGCGGUGACAUCGCCAUUGAUGAUACGAGCUUUAGCUCUGCCUGUCAGAUCAGCCCCACACCCUUGCCUGACGUAUCAACCAUUGCCCCUACCAUUCCACUCACCACAUUGCCUCCAUGUGAUCCCAACUCGUACCAAUGUAGGAAUGGUAGCUGUAUUGAUAUAGACCUGAGAUGUGAUGGAACACCAGACUGCCCAGAGAAUGAAGAUGAAAUGAAUUGCGGAGAUUGCGACUUUGAGAGUGGCACUUGCGAUUGGACCAGUUUUGACAACGGGCUCUACGUUUGGCACCGUACCGCAGCUCAGGACUCUCCAGCCGGUAGGGCUCCCUCUGUUGACCACACUCUCGGUUCUGCUGCUGGAUCAUACGUCUUUGUGGAUAGUUCAUCAGGGACGUUUGGCGUAACGGCAUUACUGGUUAGCCCUCCUCAGCUUGGUGGAACUGGUCAGAGGUGUGAGAUGCAGUUCUAUUACCACAUGUUAGGUGGCAAUGCAGGCACGCUUUUGGUUGCUCUCUACGACAACAACAUCCUCGACCCCUCCUAUGUCACUAUUGCGGGUGACCAUGGCAACCAAUGGAAUAUGGGAAGCUUGUCAGUUGGUCCAAGGAACGCUGGCCAGUAUUAUAUCCGGUUUGAAGCCUCCCCUGGUAUUGGAUUCAAUGACGCCUCACAGACAACAGACAUCGCUCUAGAUGAUAUAUCAUUCAUUAAUUGUGCAGAUACUGAUGAUGUAUCGUGUGACUUUGGAGCUGGUGAUACGUCAGGCACGCUCUGUGGGUGGACCCAGGAUACUAGUGAUAUAUUUGAUUGGGUCAUCAGGAAAGGAAGCACGCCCUCAUCGUACACCGGGCCAGCCAAUGACCACACAACUGGAGAUGGAUACUACACUUACAUAGAAGCGUCAUCCCCUCGGGUGAUUGGAGACAAUGCUCGACUUCUAUCCGGGUCACUCAGGUCAACCAGGGGUCAACCGUACUGUCUGUCGCUAUGGUACCAUAUGUUUGGAAGUGACAUUGGUAGUCUAGCUAUCUAUAUCAGAGAUACAGAUGGCUCGAAUGAAAGAGUUAUUUGGACAAAAUCAAGAACCCAAGAGAAUGACUGGCGUCUUGGACACUACACACUCUCCACAAUGGCUAACUACGAGCUGGUGAUAGAGGGCGUUGUAGGACAGAGCUGGUAUGGUGAUAUCUCUAUAGAUGAUAUCAGUCUCUCAGAAGGGGAGUGUCCACCAUCAGCUGAGUGUGACUUUGAAGUUGACCUCUGUGAUUGGACGAAUAUUGACAACAAUGAUUUUGAUUGGUCGAGAGGAUCAGGAUCUAGCAGUGACGGUCCCUCUGUGGAUCAUACUACCAAUACUGCUUCAGGUCACUAUGCAUACGCUUCCAUCUUGGGUCAACCAUCCGGCUCUACCGCCCUCCUUGCCAGCAAGGAGUACAGUCCAUCGGGUUCCCAGUGCCUCUUCUUUUUCUAUCACUUGAGUGGUUUGGAUGCAGGGAGUUUGACCGUUUACAGGCAGGAUGAUGGUGAUACAUUCGUUAGACCGAGCUGGACAAUGUCCGGUGAUCAGGGGGAUUUUUGGCGGUCAGCAAGGGUCGAUAUCUCCCCUACUGCAGACAGUAAUUACAAGAUCUACUUUGAGGCCAUUUCGGGAGGUGCUACUUCCAAUGCAGACAUUGCCAUUGAUGAUAUCCGCUUCCGUGGAUUCCCAUGCCCACAAGAGGGAGCUUGUGAUUUUGAGCGGGGUUAUUGUAGCUGGACGAAUGACUAUGUCAGCGACGAUUUUGAUUGGCUGAGAGGGAAUUCAGAGACGCUGUCUGGUUACACCGGCCCAACCUUUGACCACACCCUUCAGAACUCCUAUGGUCACUUUGCAUUCAUUGAAAGCUCGUCCCCUCGUGUCAUGGGUCAGAAGGCUUGGCUUGUCAGCGAACAUUUAGAGAGCACCAGUGGGCGUUGUUUUGAGAUGUGGUAUCAUAUGUACGGCCAAGGUACGGGCUCCCUACGGGUCCACACCCAAACCGCCGACACGCAGCCUCAGCUGAUGUGGUCCCAGACGGGUAACCAAGGCAACGUCUGGAAACACACAAUGAUGACAGUGUCGUCUUCCAAUCAGUUCUGGAUUAUCGUAGAAGGAAUAAUUGGAUAUAACUACACCAGUGAUACAGCGAUUGAUGAUAUCAUGCUGUAUGAUAGCCCAUGUGGAUCCACCCAAGCCCCGCCCACAACCAUACCUACAUUUGCUCCUGAUUCUCAUGAUUGUGAUUUUGAGAGCGGUCUUUGCACCUGGAUCCAGGAUCCACUCAACGACUUCAACUGGACCAGGGCUUCAGGAACCACUGGAAGCGCUGGAACAGGUCCUGCUGGGGACCACACAACAGGGGAUGCAACAGGUUACUACAUUUAUCUUGAGAUGACCGGUGGCAACCCAGGAGACACUGCCAGACUAAAUUCCAACGUUUUGCGGAGCUCUGACGAUUCAGGCUACUGCAUGGACUUUUGGUUCCAGAUGUAUGGAAAACAUCUUGGCAAUUUCUCCAUCUACACGUCCAGUGGAGGGUCAGAGACGCUGAUCUGGACCGAGUCGGAACCUAGGGGUCCGUUCUGGGUACAGGGCCAGAUCCAUUUUAGAGGAACAGACUCAUAUACGGUGAUAUUUGAAGGAGUUCGAGGAUCUGAUUACAUGGGGGAUAUUGCAAUAGAUGAUAUAGUCUUCCACCUGGGCUCAUGUCCAACACCAGAUCUUUGUGACUUUGAGAACGGCAACUGUGAAUUCAGUCAGAUGACCUCUGACACGUUCGAUUGGGAACUGAUUCAGGCCAACACAAGAGGAACAGGUCCUAUUGUGGACUACACUUACAAGACAAGCUAUGGACACUUCAUGUUUGCUGAUAUGACCAGUCUCUCUUCACCUAAUGACUAUGCAACGGUUCAGACAGGGUUCUAUGACCCCACCCCUACCCCUCAGUGUAUGAAAUUCUCAUACUAUAUGGGCACAUCACAGGCUUCUAUUCUGCGGGUUUAUCUACAUGAAAGGAGCAUUGGAGACUCGAGUCUGUGGCAGAUGAGUACAGUCACAGGACCUGAUGAAUGGCACGUAGCUGAGAUCAAUUACACCAGCGCAGACUCUCAUAGGUUCCGAUUCCAAGCCUCAAGCAAUCAGUUCCAAGUCAGCUCCGGCGUAGCCAUCGAUGACAUCAUAAUCUCGACAGAACCGUGCAAUCCAUUUGCUUCGUGCUCCUUUGAGAAUGGGCUGUGUACUUGGAAGAAUGAUCAGAACAUGGACGACUUUGAUUGGUUGCUCAUACACGGAAGGACGCCGUCAGACGACACGGGACCAGGAGUCGACCAUACUCUUGGAACACCAUAUGGUACCUAUGUAUACGUUGAAGCCACUGGUCGAUCAGAGGGUGAUGUGACAAUACUAAAGUCUAGUGACUUCCUGGCUGUGUCUCCCCAGUGCUUGGAGUUUUACUAUCACAUGGGCGGAGCCGAUGUGGGCUCCCUCGAGGUCCAGACCUGGCCGGAUAGUGCCACCUCACCAAGCACAAAGUGGUCCCAGGACCAGGAUACUGGGGAUUAUUGGAGACAGGUCCAGAUAACUUUGGAUGCUAUUCCUUCGGCCUAUUCCUAUGAGGUUUUAUUCAAGGGUACAGUUGGAUCUUCCUUCAUGAGUGAUAUAUCAUUGGAUGAUAUCAUGUUCUACGAUGGGGAAUGUUCUGAUCCUCCUACUGACUGUGACUUUGUGUGUAAUGAUGGAACUGACAAAUGUCUACCCAAUAAUCAGGUCUGUGAUUUUGUAUCGCAGUGUGGGAACGGCAAUGAUGAAGUGGACUGCGGUACAACUUGUACAUUUGAAGUGGACACCUGUCGUUGGUGGAAUGCAGGCCAUGGUACCCACAAGUUCAAGCGUAACCAGGGAUCUACUCCUGAUAGUAACACUGGCCCUGCUUAUGAUCACACUACACUCACUUCUGCUGGAUGGUACAUGUAUGUGGGGACCACGCCAAACAGCGGUGCAGCCUACGCCGUACUAUCCUCUCGCAUGCACCGGAAUGCUGCAGCGACCUGUGAGGUCCGGUUCUGGUAUCACAUGCUUGGUGACGACAUUGGAAACCUACAGCUUUGGGUACAAGAACAGUACUUCUUGAUGCUACCUUGGUUUAAAUCCGGGGAUGAAGGAGACCGUUGGCAGGAGGGAAUCGCUGGACUGGGUCGCAUCCAUGGCGGCUUCAGUGUGAAGUUCCAGUCCAUACGUAACUUUGAUGUUUUAGGGGAUGUGGCCAUAGAUGACAUAAGAAUGGAGAGAUGUGGUCUUCCAGCUGAGCAGUCUUCUGCAUGUGCCAGUAAUGAGUUCCGUUGUACCCGCAAUGCAUGCAUUGACAUCCAUCGUCUGUGUGACUUCACUGACGAUUGUGGAGAUGGCUCUGAUGAAGACCCUGCCAUCUGUGGAGGGUACGAUCAGUGUAGUUUUGAAGAUGACUUCUGUGAUUGGACCCAAGAUGUCUAUGAUGAAACUGACUUCAUCAGAAAGACGGGACCGUCGGAUACAGAAAACUAUGCUACAGGACCAUAUAGAGAUCAUACAACACAGUAUACAGGUUACUAUCUGGUAAUGGACUCUAGUCAGCAAGGUUUGUCAGAAGGAGAUAAAGCAAGAUUGUUCAGUCCAGCUUAUCAACAAGUCAACCAGAACAGAUACUGCAGGUUCCGUGUGUGGUACCACAUGUUUGGGAGUGACCUUGGAACCUUUAACAUUUACUACCGGGUCGGCAUUGGAGCCUAUCUCACACCCCUCUUCUCAAAGACUGGACACUCUAAUGACUACUGGGAGCUUGCAGAUGUUGAAGUUACAUCAGACCUUAAUUUCCAGAUUGUCAUUGAAGCUCUAAGAGGCAAUGGUCCAGCUGGUGAUAUAGCAAUUGAUGACACAUCUAUAACAUCAGAUUGCAUCAGAUCACCAUCUGAGCUACCACCAGGUGCAACGUCGCCUCCUAUAGUUACAUAUGGUCCAUGUGGGCAGGGCAAAUGGCAAUGUGCUGAUCUUAGCUGUAUUGACUUGGAUCUCUACUGUAACUAUGAGGCUGAUUGCUUGGGAGGGGAAGAUGAGGCUUCGUGUGGAUCGUGUGACUUUGAGAGUGGUCUGUGUGGAUACCAGGAUGAUAGCUACGGAAGCUUUGCUUGGAGUAGAGACCAGGGGAGUCUGAUCAGAGAUGCUGGAGGUUCCUACAUGACAGUUGGCAGUGGCAAUGGACAGUUCAAUGAACCAGCUAGACUUGUGAGUACAGUCCUCCCUGACACUGCACCAGCUUGUACCCUGACAUUCUGGUACACUUAUCAGGUGUCAACUGCUGCUAAUGUCCCUCUCACUGAGUUCUACAUGCAAGUUGUAAAUGCUAGUGAUUCUGCAGAUUCUGCUGAUUUAUGGAGGGCUCCCUCAACGGCAGUUGCAACAUGGACUCAAGCUACAGUUGGACUAGGAAGACAAAUAUCAAGCUAUCAGAUCAAAUUUGUUGUAGUCAUGUCGGACGAUGAUGAUGUCGUUGCUGUCGAUGACAUCAUGCUCACUGGAUGCAAGGUGGAAUCCUAUAGCCCGUGUGAGGUUCAAUGCGAUAAUCUUCUGUGUGUUCCAUUCUCCAAGAAAUGUGACUACUCCGAUGAUUGCACGGACGGGACGGAUGAAAGGACAUGUGAUUUAUAUCAGAGAUGUGACUUUGAAGCUAAUCUUUGUGACUGGAGCCAGAACAGAGAAGAUGAUCUUGACUGGUUGUGGAUGACGGGUAAUCAAGGGGCGCAGGGUGGUGCCCCUGGUGUUGACCACACCCUAAAUACUCCCUCAGGACACUAUCUCUACCUCUAUACCUACGACACUGAUGUCAAUAAGAGAGCAAGACUUGAUGGUCUUGUUUAUUCUCGGCCGAAUACUGCUGGUGAUUGCCAGAUGAGGUUUUGGUACCACAUGAACGGUGCUAACGUCGGUACACUGAGGGUCAUGACCCUAAUAUCCCUCUCUGAUUACCCACAAUCCAUCUGGUCAAAAUCAGGCCCACAGGGAGAUGUAUGGCUGAGAGGUAUCGUUGACCUUGACUCAGGAAGUAAAUUCCAGGUUCUAAUAGAGGGUGUGGCAGGUGGCAGUGAUGACCACAUGAGUCUUGAUGAUAUAUCAUUUACACCUGGAUGUGUAGUCUCACCAGACCAGACCCUCCCCAUAAAGGUUACUCCUUCAAGUGCCCCUCACUGCAACACAGGUGAACGAUCUUGUGAUGAUGGAUCCUGCAUUGCUAUUACUAAAUUCUGUGACUUCAAGUUUGAUUGCGAUGAUGGCAGUGAUGAAAAAGAAUGUCCUUCAGUAUGUACAUUUGAAAAUGAUAUGUGCUCAUGGGAGCAAUCUCUUAACGAUGAUUUUGAUUGGCUGAAACACAACGAUUCUGAUUCGUUGGAAUACCUUGGACCGGAUACAGAUCACACAAUGAAUAGUCCUAAUGGAAUUUACUACUUUGUGGAUGGAGCUCAACAGGCCAGCGCACAAUCAGCCAACCUAUUCGCAACCCUGGUUGGCCCCAGGUUCAGCCAGGCCGGUCGUAUGUGUACCGCAUCGGUGUGGUAUUACUCGUAUGGUGUGGAGUAUGGUUCGCUUGCUCUGAAGCGCAAGGUGCUGACUGACGAGAGGACGCUGAUGGUUGUGGAUGCCGGGAAUACUGUGGAGAGCAUGUGGAUGAAAGCAGAAAUUCAGAUCCCGCAAUGUCUUGUGGACUUCCAGUUCCUUAUCACUGCAGAGAACCGCCAAACCCAACCCUACGCUGGAGGCUUUGCCAUCGAUGACAUACGAUUUGAUAAUUGCGCAUACGACACAUAUACUCCUGUUACAUGCGAGGUCGGGGAAGCGAAGUGUGGUACCGGCCAGUGUUAUCCAGCUGAUAACAAGUGUGAUUUUACAAAGGACUGUUGUCUUGAUAAUACGGAUGAAUCAGAUUGCUCCGCCUACAAUAGAUGUGAUUUUGAGAGUGGUCUAUGUGAUUGGGAUCAGAUGACAGAAGAUGAUCUAGACUGGGCUACAGUCCAGGCCUCUACAUCACCCUAUCUCUCUUUUGAUCAUACGUUAGACAGCAAUAGUGGUUAUUUCUUGGUAGUCAGCCAGUACCAGCAAUCAUCACCAGGUUCAUCUGCUCAACUUGGUAGUUUCAUUAUCAGUCCAGUGACGACAGGAUGCUCGAUGAGGUUCUACUACUUCAUGAGUGGAAGCGAUGCAUCCAUAGCCAUUAAGACUAGGACUCUAAUAGGAGGUCACAUGACCGAGCAAUGGGGAAUGUCAGGUGACCAAGGAUUGACAUGGAAUCGAGGAUCACUCCCUCUUGUCAGUGAUGAUGCAUUCCAGGUUAUCUUUGAAGCAACUAAAGGCGUAGAUACCAAUGCCUUUGUAGCUCUUGAUGAUAUUUCAUUCACACCUGAGUGUGUCCAGUCUAGCACCCCUCUACCAAGAAGUACUACCACCCCUCCAUCAACCACACCCACUACCAGAGUGACGUCUCCACGCCAGAUUGAGACAACAGUGACAUCAACUACCCCUAGAGAAAAGCCUACACCAGAUAGUCAGACAGGAGGAAAUUCAGAAACGGUUUACAUUGCAGUUGGUGUUAUCUCUGGGAUCUUAAUUAUUCUUAUCUUCCUUGUUUUGGCCUACCUACUAGUAUCAAAGAAAAGGGGAUUGAUCAAGAGGGAGGCCAAGGAUUGA